AUGGCCGAGGUGUUCCUGCCAGUCCGAGUAAAGUUUUCAAAGGGUUACAGCAACGCCAUAGGCUGCAUCGUGCGUGAAACCGUGAAGAUCACAUGCACGAACUUAAGGUCAAAAGAGCACGAGAACCUUCGACAAAGGCUCCUCAACAAGCUGUUCAAUCGAUAUAUCGUCCCUGGUGAUGACAAAGAAAGAGUCAGAACUAAAGCGCUAAGCAUGAUGACCAAAGCCUUGAAUUCGUGGCGAACCACGGCCAAUGCUAUGAAGGAAGAAGAUUUCGAGUCCGUGAUAAAGAAGAAAUGGCCUCAAAUAGAUGAGGAGGACUGGAAGCAGUUCAUUUUGUCUCGCACGAAUGAUGAAUUCAAGAAGAAGAGUGAAUGGGGGAAGCACAUGCGGUCACAGAACAAGUUUUUUCACAAACUCGGCAGCCGUGGUUACUUAGGGAAGAAGCCAAAAUGGGACAAGGAGGACGCAGAGUUGAUUGCGGCUGGGAAAGAACCCCCUUUCUCGUGCAUUGAGCCAGGGCGUGCAAGGGAUUUUCUUAGGGCCCGUGCAUCAUUUGACCCAGUGACGGGUGAACCGGUCUUCAAACACCAGAAACUCGCGGAGGUGUUUGAUAAGCUGAAAAAACAAAGCCAUGAACCUCAAUCUCAAAGCUCCCAGGACCCCAUUGAAGGCGAGAGGUGGGAAGAUCCUCUCAGCAAGGCUCUUGGUGGGAAGGAGGUUGGUGGCCGUGUGAGAGGCGUCGGGAAUGGGGCUCCAUGGAAGAUAUAUUUCCCCGAAGCUCCCGAGGUUGCCCGCCAGAGGAGGAGAGCCAGGUAUGAGCGUGAUUCUCAUUUCGAGGAGCGAGUUGCGGCGGUUGCCGAGGCGACGUUGCGGCGUAUAUUGGCGGAAAGAGGUCAGGAACAAGGUCAGGAACAAGGACGUCCACCGUUGCAUCCUGAUACCCUUAUAUUGGCGGAAAAAGAUCAGGAACCAGGACAUCCACCCUUGCAUCCUGAUACCUCUAUAUCGGCGGAAAGAGAUCAGGAACAAGGAUGUCCACCCUUGCAUCCUGAUACCCGCAUAUUGGCGGAAAGAGAUCAGGGGCAAGGACAUCCACCCUUGCAUCCUGAUACCCAGAUGUUGCCCUUCCAUAUUGUUGGACCAAGUAGCAGCGCCUCUGUCUCAGGAAUUGCCCCCGGGCAGCCAAAUCCAAUUGAUGACAUCACUGUCAUCACUCCGUGCCAACUCAUGGCCCCAAUGCUCGGCAGCAUGCUGACGGUUGCACAUGGGCAAGUGUACCCCAAAACAAUGCACUGUGUGGAUUUAGCACCAGACAUGGCGAGGGUGGAUGUGACUAAGGUGCUUGACCCCUUUGUCGAUUUAAAAAUUAGCGACCACCCUGAACCAGAAUGCAACACACUAGGACAGUACAAGGGGCAUGCCAUCAAGUGGCCGAAGGCGGCGAUAAAGUUGUGUGGAACAUCCACUGGCUCAUCCCCAUUGUUAACCACUGCCUGCACUCCACCACUGGGAACAUCUCCUUUGGGUCCUUGCGCACCUUCGUUUGUGGAUCUGGAUGGCGAUCAUGGCGCGGAGGAUGACAUGCCCAUUGACCAAGAGCAAGCGAUUGGAGAUGCACUGAACCCCCAACAUGGGCCUGCCGCUAAGACGAUCCUAUCUCCUAAUGUGCCUAAGAGCGCAGCGCUUGUAGGGAUGGUCCAAAGGGGGCCACAUCUCCGGAACCGCAACAUGCAAGGAGAGGGCAAAAGAAGAGACGAGCCAGCACCAGUGAGAAGGAGCCAGAGGAGGAGAGGUUGAAAAAUUGUAUCCUAUGGACCAUCGUCCAAAUUAGGACAGAAAUGGAUCAAUGACGGGCAUAUCAUUUCACCACUGAGUACCCCGCGGACAAUUUCUAUAUGGAGUUUAGUUCUGGAGAUCUUCAAAACUAGAAGGACCUUGCGCAUGUUGCUGCGCCGUUUCUUGUUGUUCUCGUUUCUUUUUGCAUGAUGUGUGCAUAUUUGGUUUCACUUGGAUUGGCCUGCUUUGCUA